AUUGUCUGAAUUCUUCCGCUCGGCUCAGAGCCGUGUGAGAGGUCAUGGGAGUCGUUCGCCGUACUGUUGCUCCGGCACAGGUGAGGCGCAAACGGAGAGACCCGUUCGGCGUUGGCCCUUCGCUCUGUGAAGUAGCGUGAAGAGACAGAAGGGAUUUAUUUUGAGGCGUAUUCCUCCGCCGCGAGGAGCGAUCUAGCAGGGCUAGGCUUGGCGUGUCCCUCCGCCGCCUUGGAGCACACGGACAGGAGGCGCCUCUCUCGGCUGUGUGAGGAGACAGUGGGGCUAGGAGGAAGAGAAGGGACCCGGGCGCGCAGCGGAGGCCGCUCUGAGUGUGUGAGCCAAGUGCCGGGGGCUCCCCGCGGAGAAGCAGGAGGCGGUGACUGUCUCGCCACCGCUCCGCAGGGUCUCUGCGAGGGGGCCCAGGGGACUCUUUGUCGCGGGGCCCGGCGGAUGGAUCUCUAGGCGGCUCUGCCCCACAGCGUUCGGCCGUCGCUGCCGCCAUCUUGGAUUUUAAUCCGCCAUUUUUCCCCCUGGAAUUAUUAUUAUUAUUUUUAUGAUUAAUUUUCCUCUGGUUGGAGCUCGGGGCAGCGGCGGCGGGGCCGGGGACGGCGGCGGGGACCCCAGCGCGGAGGGGCAGCCAGGCGGAAUUGAAACUGAAAUUAUUGACCCACUUCUCCAAGCCUUUUGAAAAGUGACUAAAUGCAACUGGGUCAGGCUGUCUGUGGGAAUGAAGUGGCUGGGAGAAUCCAAGAACAUGGUGGUGAAUGGCAGGAAAAAUGGAGGAAAGUUGUCUAAUGAACAUCAGCAGAAUGAGUCCAAGUUGCAGCACACUGGAAAGGAGAAUCCAAAGACUAGCAAAAAUGGAGUUGAGAGAAGAUCAAGCAGAUGUAGUGGUGCUUCAGGAUUUGAGGGCCAAAGUCGCUACGUGCCUUCCUCUGGAAUGUCUGCCAAGGAGCUGUGUGAAAAUGAUGACUUAGCAACUAGUUUGGUUCUUGAUCCCUAUUUAGGUUUUCAGACACACAAAAUGAAUACUAGGUAUUUAUUUAUUUACGAAUGUUUGCAACUGACAGCGGAUUUGAGAUAUUGCCUUGCAAUAGAUAUUCUUCAGAGCAGAAUGGAGCCAAAAUUGUUGCAACAAAAGAGUGGAAACGAAAUGACAAAAUAGAACUACUGGUGGGUUGUAUUGCUGAACUAUCAGAAAUAGAAGAGAACAUGCUGCUCAGACACGGAGAGAAUGACUUUAGUGUCAUGUAUUCCACACGGAAAAACUGUGCUCAGCUAUGGCUUGGUCCCGCUGCAUUUAUCAACCACGAUUGCAGACCUAACUGUAAGUUUGUAUCAACUGGUCGAGAUACAGCAUGUGUGAAAGCUCUAAGGGAUAUUGAACCUGGUGAAGAAAUUUCUUGUUACUACGGGGAUGGUUUUUUUGGAGAAAAUAAUGAAUACUGCGAAUGUUACACCUGUGAAAGACGUGGAACUGGUGCUUUUAAAUCAAGAGUGGGACUUCCAGCACCUACUCCUGUGAUCAAUAGCAAAUAUGGACUGAGAGAAACAGAUAAACGUUUAAACAGGCUUAAAAAGUUGGGUGACAGCAGCAAAAACUCAGACAGCCAGUCUGUCAGCUCUAACACUGAUGCAGAUACCACUCAGGAAAAAGCUAAUGCAACUAACAGAAAAUCUUCAAUUGGUGUAAAAAAGAACAGCAAGAGUAGAGCAUUAACAAGACAGUCUAUGUCAAGAAUUCCAGCGUCAUCAAAUUCUACCUCAUCUAAACUAACUCAUAUAAAUAAUUCCAGGGUACCAAAGAGACUGAAAAAGCCUGCAAAGCCUUUACUUUCAAAGAUAAAGUUGAGAAAUCAGUGCAAAAGGCUAGAGCAAAAGAAUGCCUCUAGAAAGCUUGAAAUGGAAAAUUUAGUUCUCAAAGAGCCUAAAGUAGUUCUAUAUAAAAAUUUACCUAUUAAAAAGGAUAAAGAAAUAGAGGGACCAGCUAAAGUUGCAGUCUCUAGUGGAUGCUUAACAAGACAUGCAGCAAGAGAAUAUAAACUGAAUUCUGUGAAAGGUGCUCAUGAGCAUGGUGAAAUAUCACCCUGCACAUACAUAACCCGGAGGUCAAUGAGAACAAGGAUGAAUUUGAAGGAGACCUCUGAUAUAAAGCUUGAACCAAAUAUGUUGGAUACCUAUAGAAACAACUUGACGGGAACUCGAUCUGAUAUCUUACAACAGCAGUCUCAUGUGAUACAUGAAAAUGAACUGAUUCAUGGAACAUCACAUAAAGGGGAGGUUAGAUAUCAGAAGCAUGAUAUGGGCAUGUCCAGAAAGAAAUCACGACAAGGAAAACUUGUGAAAUCAUCUGCAAAUAUAGAAGAAGCUGAUCCUACACAUAAUCCACCUGGCAAAGAUGAAGUACCAAAUUUGAUUAGUUCUCAUUCGGAACAUGGAGAAAGGAGUAAUGGAGUGGAUACGGCCCUUGGAUAUAAGGAUGGUAUUCCUAUGUCUGGUGGCUGCUCCAUUGUUACAUCUGACAAUUUCAAAGCAAAGGACAGCUUUAGAACUGCUAAAAGUAAAAAGAAAAGACGAAUCACAAGGUAUGAUGCGCAAUUAAUCCUAGAAAAUAGUUCUGGGAUUCCCAAACUGACCCUGCGUAGGCGUCAUGAUAGCAGCAGCAAGGCAAACGACCAAGAAAAUGAUGGAAUAAACUCUUCAAAAAUAAGCAUCAAAUUAAGUAAAGACCAUGAAAAAGACAAUAACUUGUAUGUAGCAAAGCUAAAUAAUGGAUUUAACUCAGGAUCAGGCAACAGUUCAACAAAAUUAAAGAUACAACUAAAACGAGAGGAAGAAAACAGAGGGACAUAUUCUGAGGACCUUCAUGAAAAUGGCAUGUGUUGUAGUGAUACUCUCUCUCUCUUGGAGUCAAGAAUGGAAGUGGAUGAUUACAGUCAGUAUGAAGAGGAAACUGCAGAUGAAUCUUCAUCAGAAGAGGAAGAGGAGGAGGAGGAAGACUAUGAUGAUGAAUUUGAAGAUGAUUUUAUUCCUCUUCCUCCAGCUAAGCGAUUAAGGCUUAUAGUUGGCAAGGAUUCAAUAGACAUUGAUAUUUCUUCUAGAAGAAGAGAAGAUCAGUCUUUGAGGCUCAAUGCAUAAGCUUAUAGGUCUUAAACUGACCAGGAUGUCCAUUUUUAAACAAACAAAAAAAAAUUCCAUUCAAUUAUUCCUCAACCGAAGAACUUUCUGAAAAUUUUAGUAACAGCACUUCUUUAUUGUUUAUUCACUUAUCAACAUACUAUUGUAGAAAGUGUACAGAAUACUGACUCUUCUUAAGUCUGAUUUGUGCAGAUUUUUAUUGUACUUUUUAAUAGCCUCCUUAUGUGCAAUUCUGAGUUAGAAUAAGAGGUAAUGCUCUGUUGUAAAAUAAAGGCUCAAGCAAAAUUAUAAAAUUACAUCAAAACUUUCCAUGCAGGACAAUGAGAACACAAUGUGGCUACACAAUUAUUUGUAACCUAUAAGGGCAUUAGUUUGCCCUUACAAUAUCUGACUAAACAAUAAUUUAAAAAAAUCAUAGUAGCAGCAUAUUAAAGUUUUCUAGUAUAUGUUAAUAUCACCAGCAAUGAUCUACGGCUUUUCAAUUUAUUUGCUAGAUGUUUUUCCCCCUUGAAGUUUGUCAGUUUUAACACUGUAUGCUGUCCCAGACGUACUGUUUGUGGCCUUUGUUAUAGUAGCAAACCGUUGGUUGGAAGUCAAAUUGAUUUCUUUAAAAAAAGAGAAAAAAGAAAUAAAAAGGUGUUGACAGUUUGCUGACUUUUUAGUACAUUAUAUGUACAAGGGUAGCAGUAUGCAGAAUAAAAGUUUGGAUAUGGUGUA